AUGAAGUUCUCCAGCCUCUUCGUCGCCAUUGUCACGCUUCUCCAAGUUGCUGCUGCCAGCUCCAUCGACCUCAACAAAGUCGCUCCCUUCGCCCAGCCAACCGCUUCGACAUCCGCCCAGAAAGCUGCCGUCAAGUUCAAACCGCGUCUGUCUAUCGGAAGUGGGGCCUGUGUUUCCUUCCCUGCUGUGAACUCUGCUGGAGACACGAGUAGCGGCCUCAGUGAAGAAGGCAAAGGCAGUACGGACUGUACCAACGCUCCCCUGGGCUCGCAAGUGUACGGCCGAGCUGCCUGGUACAACACCAGGUUCGCCAUCCUGUACGCCUGGUACUUCCCCAAAGGAUUCUGGAACGACUACCCCACGCGCCGCCACGACUGGGCUAGUGCCGUCGUGUGGAUUGAUAACCCCGAUUCAAACACCCCAAAGAUUCUGGGCCUUUCACUCUCCACUGCAGACUGGGAGUACUCGACACAGGCGCCUGCAACUUCCGGCAUCUCGGAUGGCACGACGCCCAAACUUUCACACGAGCUCUCGGUCGAGUGUGGAGAUCCGUACCUGACCACAACCGAUGGCAGCGGCGACUUUCAACCUCUUAUCAUGUGGGAACAGCUUACUACUGCGGCGAGGACGGCACUCAACUCGGCCGACUUUGGGAAUGCCAAGGUGCCGACCAGUGACGUCAACUUUGAGAUGAAACUCAAGAGCGCGUGGCCAUUCUCGGGUCAAAAGGUAAGACGCACUACCUGCAGCCACAGCUAA